AUGGGGGGACUGCUGGGCAUCCAGACAUGGUACAACGAGGUAAAAGACUACCGCUACGGUCACGGAGCCAUCGGCAACGCUGUGGUUGGCCACUACACACAGGUGGUGUGGUACAGGUCCAAUCAAAUCGGCUGUGCUAUGGCCCACUGCCCCAACCUCCAAUUUAAAUACUUCUACGUCUGCCAGUACUGCCCCGCGGGAAACGUCUUCUACGAGGGCCACAAUGGCUUCGCCCACCCUUACAAGAAGGGCCCCGCGUGUGGUGACUGCCCCAAAGCCUGUGACAACGGCCUCUGCACCAACCCCUGUCAGUACUUUGACAAGUGCUACCGAUGCCCGGAGCUGGUGAAGAAGCGUGGAUGCAAUGGCAAGUUGGCCAACGUGUGCCCCGCCUCCUGCAAGUGCCACGGCUCUAUCAUCUAGAGACCAGGCGUCCCCCGUUACCAUGACGACAAGGGCCCCCAUCUACAGAGAUAUUCCAGCCAAGGCCCCCAUCUAGACAGCCCUGGCAGGACCAGCAACAACUAAUGAUUUCUAA